CAGGGUGAAAGUUCAAAGGUCCCUCAAAUCUGAAAACAGGAGACACGUGCGAAUUCAAAAGCACUGCAGCGAUGGCUGCCAUCUACUCGGGUAUCCACCUGAAACUAAAGAGCCCACAGACUCCAUGGGAUAACAAGCUGAAGCUGGCACGUUUUGCCUGGAUCUCUUCACAGUGCCUGCUGCCCAACAAAGAACAGGUGCUGUUGGACUGGUGCACCCAUGCCCUCUCACUCUACUACAGUAAAAAGGUGGAGUUUUCCCAGGAUUUCUUGGAAGGCCUGUGGUGCUACCUUGAUGAUGUGCUUCACAGCCGGAAGCUCCAGUCUUUUCUCAAGCAGGGAAAAACCAUCACUCUCAAGCUCAACAUGGCACAGCUGCUUGACCAGCUGCAGAAGUGCGCACACGUUGGCUCCAAGUCGUCGGGGUGUGUGUCCUAUAUACUGAGCGUGUGUCAGUGCAUUUUCUCUUCUCCUGCACUCUCAUCUGUUUUUACAUCUAAGUAUGAACUUAUGGUUGAUCUGCUGGCCAAGCUCUGCUCGCUGGCCUGUCGUGAGCUGCAGCAGCCAUUGCCCAUGGAGUACCUAAAGAAGAAGCCUGUCACAAGUCAUGAUGAACCGAUGACCGAGUGUCUUCAGACUGAACCUGCGACAAAUAUGGAAACUUCCCAGAUGGACAUGCUGAAUGGCAGUCCACUAGAUCAGCCACAGUCGGACGUUGACAAAUCCUCUUCCAAGCCGAAAGAAAACCUCCGUUCAGCUAACCUAUUUGAGGUGUUGCUUCAGGUGCUGUCAUCGUAUUUGUCAGUGCAGCGACAACAAGCCAAUCCUAGCAGAGUCUCUAGUAUGGUGACAAACCACCUACUCCAACCCUUCGUCCUGCUCCGGCACCUGCUGACCUCGGGAGAAUUUGCAGCGUGUCUCGCUCACCUGCGUCUCCGUCAACAGCUUUGUAGAGACAUCCGCAUGAAGAUGGACUCCAUCCUUCAGUUGGCGCUUUUCCCCUCUGAGCACCUGAACUCAUACAAGGAGGAGCUCCUUCCACCUAAAGAGGAUUCUGGGAAACGUGGUUCAGGAGGGACAAAGGGGCCUUUCAAGCCUGUCAACGCUGUACUUUCUAAAAUGAGCGACCGGGGUUACUGUGAGCCAUCACUACAUUACCCUGUGAAGUCCAGUGCUUUGUGUCUGUUGUUUAAGUUUUUUCUGGAAAAGUACGGGAAAGCGAGGGUAGAAGAUGAGGAGGAGCAGAGGAUGCUGUGUUUCUACUUUCUAAGCAGAUUAGUCCCAACUUUAGAUCUUCAUCUUGGUGAGCAGAAGUCACCUCCAGCUUCCAUGAGCUCCCCAGAGAACUGGAACCUGGCUCUGCUGGCUGUGGAGUCCCUGCUAAGCCAGGCGCUGUCGGGCGGUAUUUAUAAUGUGGCCGCAGACAGGAUACGACACAAAGACGUCCAGCUCAACUUUUACAGAGCCGUGGGACAAAUGCUCUUCAACGAGGCCCAGCCAAGCAUUCCAUCGUGGUACCGCUGUUUGAAAGUGCUUUUGAGUCUCAAUCAUCUGAUUCUCGAGCCAGAUCUGGACCAACUUUUAACUUCAGCCUGGAUUGAUGCCGAAUGCAUGGAAGCACGAGUGCAACGCGCCAGACAGCUCAUGGUGUGCAACCUCCUCCAAACCUACACUAAGCUCCGCCAGCUGCCUCGUCUCUUCUCUGAGCUCGUGUCCGUGAUCUGCCAGCCUGCUCUGGAUGACCUUCGACCUCCUCUUCUGCCUGAAAGCAUCUCCACCUCUCUUAGGACCUGCCUUCUGGACACACCACCAUCCCAAGUUUUAGAGAUCUGUUCAUCGGUGAUGGAGGCCAUCAGGAAAUACAUACUGCCUGACCUGGUGAAGGAGAAAACAGAGGGAGAGCGAAUGGAGACUGAUGGAGAACAUGAGGACCAAGAGAGAAAAGACGCUUCUCUCAAACUCCUCCCCCUCAGUCAGCUGCUUCAUGCUGUUUUAUUCAAUCUGAAGACUCUAGACAAUGCCUCUCCUGUUCCCUUAGUGAGGCAGAGUCAGGACCUAAUGAAGGGGUUUCAGAGCUUAAUAAAGGAGUUACUACGUGUGGUUUCAACAGAGAAGAAGAAUAGAAAUACAAGUUCAGUUCAGAAGGCCUCAAAGAAAGGCAGAAAAAGUCUGAACCUCAAAGAGAAACCUUCAGAGUCUAAAACUGGAGCACUGUGGGAGCAGAAGACCCUGGAGGCAGCUCUCCUGCUCAGAUACACCUGGGUGGAGGUGGAUACACUCUUCCACAUGCACUGCUACAAAUAUGCAUCUCCUGAUGAAGCUCCUUCUAGUUCUCCAAUCUCUGACAUAGAGAGUCUUUUAUCAGGUGACAUCUUACCUGCUUGUCACCGCCCGUCCCCCUCCUACAGCCCAAUGAGCUGCAUGCUGCUCAAGCUCCUCACUUUACAGCAGAUGAAGAAGAUUUUGCUGGAUGACGUCUUAAUAGGCGAAUGCAGCACUGCGGCACUUCUAAAAAGGUCAGCACAGUUUAUUUUAGCUACACCUGAGCUGGAGGUGAGUCUGGAUGGAGAGCAGGCGUGGGACAGGCAGAUCAGCAGCGUGACCACCAGCUCCUACUUUGCAGCGCACUGGUAUCUUGUUACGACCAACUUACCUUUGAUCCUUUGCCACCUGAGCAGCGAAGACGUGCGCUGCAUAGCUGAUGUACUUAUCAGCUCAUUUCUGAACAGACGGACAGACGGAUCAGAAGACUUGCUGCCCGGCUCUCUGACCGUCUCCCUCAUAUCUUCGCAGCUUCUUCAAAGCCCAAUGCUUGCUGAGUUGCCUUCACUGUUCUCUGCCACAGUUUGGUCGCUCACACAAAGGAUUAUCUGUGUGCUCAGGGCAGCACAUACACCCAAGGUUUGUUCCACACUUCUGACAUUUCAGGAAAGAGAGGCAGUCUCUUCACAGAGAGAUGCCAGUCAGCCUCUGCCCACGCUGGUGAAGAAAGAGACUAUAGUUGAGGAUAUUUUGACAUCCUCUAAAACUGGAGAGAUUUUUGUACUGCUGACUGAAACAGAAAGCAGGGAGCUGGUAGGCUUACUUCAAAUCUUAACAAUCCUACAUCCAGAUGGGAUGAGCUCCGAGGAUCUCUCCUGUGUGUUCCUCCUGCUUUUGUUCAUGCUCACCUCCACCUCCUGUAAGCCAGAGCGGAUGACAGAAUCUGGAGGUGAUGCUCUGUUCCUAGGAAAGCUGCUCGGUGUUCUCGCUCAUCUCCUAGAGAGUAAGAAUUUCCAAAGUGUUCUGAAGCUCAUCCACGGUAGUACUCUGCUGCAGGCCGCUUUGUCGUCUCUCCUGUGGCAUAGAAGUAGUGCGAGAGCUCAAGCCACAUGCAGCACUGAUUGGUUGGAUUUUAUCAAAGCGGUGCAGGUCUUCAUACAGACCUUAGUCAGUUUGAUAAUUAUCAGAAACAGCAGUGUUCGACUCAACCUGGACCAGUUUGCUUCCUAUCUUACUAGCGAGGAAGUGACAAGCAGACAAAAUGCUGAAUCCAGUUCAGGGGCUUCCUUGUCAUCAUUUCAUCUUUUGCUGGCAUCUGUGACUUCUUUCUCCCAAGUGAUGAUCUCCAAUUUGGGAAGAAGCAAGGCACUGGAUCAGAUUUUAACCCAAAUACUUGCAAAAAUAACUGCUUCGCUGGUACCAGCUGUCGAGUCCGUCCUAAAGCCCCAAACUCUCGGUGAGGGGGCGAACCAGCCCGCCAGCAUCCUCGGUCAAGCUUUUCUAGUAGAUGUUGUAACAGUCAUGCUGCAGUCUGAGCUGUCCUCACUCUCAGUGGAGGAUGAGAACAAGCACAAUGGCACCAGGCUCACUCAUAUGAGCCUUUAUCAGGGCUUCUGCCAGCAGGUCCUUAAAGAAAUUAGCUCUGCCCCCAGGCCCAUGGACUUCCUGGUUUCCUCUCUCCGCUUCCUGUCCUCCUUUUACCAAGCUGUGGAGAUGGUGGAGGAAAAAGACACGGAGGAGGAAGGAGGGAUGAAGAAGGGGAGAAAUGAGCUGGAUGACCUUUACAUUCAGAUACUGCAGAAUUUGCACAGGCUACUGACAGCUCCCUGGUUGCCUUCCACUGAUCUUAGUGAGCUGGAGCCGGCUGCACAGGAGCUGUUGCGCCACUUGGUGGCGAAAAGUACAACAAGUCGAUUUAAUCUACUGCUGAUGACGAUCAGGGAAGGACUGGACAUUAGCAAGCUGAGGGCAGGAAACUGCAGGGAGGCGCUAUCUGCAGUAAUCACCAUUAAGCUGCUGUCCUGUUGUCAGCUGCCUGAAACCUGCUCCAGAGCUCUGUGGCUCAUUGCACCACAGAUUAUAUCUGCUGUGGUGUUCUUAGUGAGAUUAUCCAGUCAGGACAUCUCGCUGACCCUUCCCUUUACCAUUCCCAUGAUAACGUCGAUGACAUCACUGCUUCGACAGGGGGAGGGGCAAAUCACCAGCCCUCAUCACGUGACUUUGAUUCUUGGAGCGCUCCAGUCAGUCCCCCUUGACCACAUGACCCCAACAGUCUAUCAUUCAGCUUUCUUGGCUGUUCACGAGGCGCUGUUCGCCAUCAUCCAGUGUCAUCCUCAGGGGAUGUUAAACGCAGCUCCCUCGUUCUUAAAUGUCUUCUACCGUCUAGUGGCUUCUAUUGUGCAGGAAGGUCGGCAAAGAGGAGACGGUGACGCAGGUCCAGACAGUGAUGUGUAUUUCCAGUGCUCCAGGCUGGUAGAGAGGAUGUACUCUCACAUUGCUGCAACCGCUCAGAGUUUCACUGCGCUCUCAGCCUUCAUGGUGGCUCAGUACGUCACAGAGCUGCAGAAGGUUACUCUGCGACCAGACGUGAAGCUGCAUCUUACUGAGGGCAUCUAUCUGAUACUGGACCUGUGCAAGGAGCAGGAUAUCAAGUUUCUGAGGGCAGGACUGCCGAUGGGAGUCAGGGAGGUCUUCAACGAGCUGUACGGCAGCUACACCCACUAUCACAAAGCACAGAGGCAAGGAGAGGAAAAGUACACUGUUUAACUGCCGAAAUCGCCUUUGGUUUCAGUUUAGGUUUCAGUUUAAUUACACAAAAGUAGAUUUUCUGCUUAUCUUUGAUUAUUUUUUAAGUAGAAAAUCAGUUUUGGAUACCAUAUGAUGUCACUGUUGAUGUUCUUGCUCCUCUGAGUUUAUUGUAAAAUUAAGACGGUGGAUUUUGUA